AAAAAAAAUGCCCGCCAAGUUAAACCCUAGAUUCGCAUCUCGAGUAGAUGAACACGUUCUUCAAAUUCAGAAGCUUGAUCCAACGCACUGCUUCUAAAAUCUCUUCUCCUUUCCCCAAAUCUCGUUUCUUCUCCGAUGGAGAAAGUGCGGUUUAUCACCACGCGCGUUUGUUCAAGAAACCAUUAUCGAUUAAGCUCAAGCUCAAUCAUUCCAACUCCGUUAGCCUUAUUGGUUUCGUUGAUCGACCCAUACGAGUCAUCGACACUGGACCUGAUAGGUUCGGUGUUUACACUAUGCUUAGACUGAAACACCCGAUCUAUCCGAACCAGAGCUUUAGGAUAUAUCUUAGUAUGUGGGAUGCAAUGGCACGGAUGUGUAUUGCGCAUCUGAAGCCAAAUGAUCACAUUCUUGUCUCAGGCCGUCUUGUUUCUUACAGCAAGAGCUCCAGCGAUGAAUCUUGCGGCUUAGAUAUUGGUUACCAGGUUAAUGUGACAGAGGUGAAUUAUGCGGCGGUUCCACCAAGUCAUGUCUUAGAUUCGCAGAUAUCUGAAAAACCAAUAGCAGCAGCAGAAGAUGGUAUAGAAGAAUCCAAGAAUGAUGAGAUAUACUUGUGGCAAGUCUUCUUUGCGAAUCCAUACGAGUGGUGGGACAACAGAAGAAAUAAGAAGUACCCGAAGCAACCUGACUUUAAGCACAAAGAUACAGGUGAAGCUCUCUGGCUUAGCUCAGAUUUACCGGAUUGGAUUACUAGACGACUUGAAUUAUUAGACCAGAGAAAGCAUCGCUACGAUGAGGAAAAAAAACGUCGUGGCAGUCUUUCCGAGUGGCUUUAGGAUUAGGACGGGAUGUUCUUGGUGUAUUUUACAAGUGUGUUCCAUCACUUCAUUCAUAUUUACCAUCUCGAGAAUGAGAAAGCAACCAUCGUAAAGAACCCAUUAUAUGGAAAAGGUUUUGGUUUUCUGAACAUGUCUCAAUUGUGAAUGUUACAUUGAUUGCAAAACACGAUGCCAUCAACGUCUGUAUGAUGUUAUAUGGAUCAACGGAUAUAUAAUUUUGAUAGAUCUUCAAUAACUGCAGCUAUUCUGUCUAGUUCAGUGGUACCUUUGUUAGGUGCAACCACGGUUCGAAAUAGAUAGCUUGCACAUGUGUGUGUGAAUGUAUGCCAUACUAAUGAAGGUAUUCUAAAAUUAUAUAUUUCGCUUGUUCAGUUUGAUUACAGUAAAACCUCUAAAAUUAUA